AUGGCUUUGCAGACCAAUAGCACCAAUGCCUUGCUCCCAAAGUCCGUACCCGUUUUCUCUCGGGCCGGUGAGGUCCGGCUCCGGACCCGACUGGUUGGAGCUGGAAUCUGGGCUCGGAGGAGAGCGGGAGGGGUUUGUAUGAUCGCAUGCAAGAGCAGCAGCAGCAGCGAUGGUGGUAAGAAGGCAGGGGGAGUGCCCAAUUCCAACUAUGUGGUGCCGUUAGACAAGUCGUUUUCGUCUUCCAACUCUUCCUGCAUCACCCGCCCUCUCGUUGAAAUCCUCAGAGACCUCAACAAGAGAAUCCCUGAUAACAUCAUCCAAGCACCUCCUCACCAUCACUCCACCUUAAUUCCCUGGUACCAUGCGAACCGGAUGUUGAGCUUCUACGCUCCUGGAUGGUGUGGAGAAAUCCGUGAUGUAAUAUUUUCUGACAAUGGAAGUGUGACUGUGGUAUACCGUGUCACUAUACGUGGAUCUGAUGGAGAGGCACACCGUGAGUCAACUGGAACAAUAUCACCCAGUGAUGGCCACAAUGCUGAUCCAGUUACCGCAGCGGAGGAAAUAGCUUUCUGCAGAGCAUGUGCUCGGUUUGGCCUUGGCCUCUAUCUGUAUCAUGAAGAUUAG